CUCUCCGCUGCACCAAACAUCCCCUCUCUCUCAUAUUCAUCUUCCAUGAAUCUCAUCCAUCUUCCAGAACCCUCCAAACAUUACUAGAACCUUCGAUCCCUUUUCCACCUCUCCUCGAAACCUCCGUAAUUUAAACCCCCGCCUCAGUUUGUUCAUCCCGUUCUCCGUUGCUCCCUCCCUUCAAUCCAUCCCACAUCGGAAACAAACAAGCGAACGAAAGCAGAAUUAAGAGGGAGAAGAAAACCAAGAACGAAAAAAAUGUUUGGAGUAGUCUUCCCUGACCGCAGCUACCCCAUGGACCCCUCAUCCUUCGCCCAGAUCGACCCCCUCCAUUGGCUCCUCGAUAUGAAAACCUUCGUCGGCGAAGCGUACCACGAGGUCAAGGAGCUCUGUAUCUUCCUCCUAAACGCCGGCGUUCUUCCGCCGGAGAAGGCCCUCGCCGUCUAUUGCCAGGCCCCCGGCCGCCCCUUCGUCUUCUGCGGGGCCGUCCACGCCGCCCGCCCCUCCGCCGUCCUCUCCCUCCCCUGGCCCGACCCCGCCGGCGACGCCGCUGCGGGGCCCCUCCAGGUGGUCGUCCCCGAGGCGGCGUCGGCCAAGAUCGGGGUCUCGGUGGAGGACCUCGCGGCGCUGCCGCCGGUGCUCGACGCCGGGGCCGAGCGGCGGGUGGAGCGCCUCGCGCUCCGGGUCGGGGAGAACCUGUUCAAUUUUAUGCAGUCCUUCUGUGGCGUCGAUGGGAGCCGGCUGGUGGUGCCGAUGGAUAUUUUGGACCGGUGGUUCAAGAAAUUCCAGGAGAAGGCCAAGAAGGACCCCAGUUAUCUCAAGGGUUUCGCAUUGUGAGGGCACUAAGGGUGGAAAGAUUUCGCCAUGAGAAUGUAAGAGAGUUCGUUGCCAGGACAAGCAGCAUGUUUUGAGCUUGGAUACUCGGAUAGGUAGGAUGGGGUAUUGGAGUGGAGACUUCUUUCUGCUGAUGAGAGUUCUCAUUUUCUAAAACAUAGCAGUGGUGUUUUGGAAGCUUGUGAUCAAAGGACAUGAGGAAAAAUGUCAUCAUCUUACAAGAACUCUGCUACUAAGAGGCCAAUCCAACAAAAACUUUGAUAGGGAAAUCUUGAAACAGUCUGGGGGGAUCGUAUUCAAUUCUGUGGGUGUAUCAAGGGGAUACUCCUUGCCUGUGUCUUGGAGGACGAAUAUUCAGCCACUAAUUUUGCACUGGUUAUAUGAUUUUCUUUUGCCACUUGGAUAAUUGAUGGUGUUUUCAAGGCGAGGCCAAACUCUACUGCUAAUGCUUUCUCUUGACUUCCUGUUCUCCAACCAUUUGCUACUAAAUAGCUAGCCAAGAAAUAGCGGGCAUGGAGACCGGAUACCGAGUGUUUGUGUGUAGAUCAAAAUGGAGGUUGCAGGGACACAUGAGCACCCAAUCCUUGGAGUUUACGUGAUAUAUUAGAGAGAAGUGGAUGUUGAUGAUGUAUGUAGACAUGCAUAGCUACAUACAAUGUGUCCUAUGUAUUUAGGUAUGUGUCUAAUAGUCAUAGACACAUGUAGCUAUGUAAAUAUGUGUCUAUGUAUCUAAAUAACUUUAUAGUAGUAGGCAUGUGCAAUGCAUAUGCUAUGAAGCAUGGACAGCUGUGAUAUUCAUUCUAUUUAAUUAAGGAACCUGAUUUAUUCAUUUCCAGUUUUCAUUACUGCAUUUCUCUUGUUUCUAGUAGGAGCUAGUACUAAACCAGGGAAAAUGUAUGUAUAUUAAGGAUAGGGGUAACUAGAAUUUUGGAAAUAAAUAAAAUCAAAGACUUAUUUCGCCACCUACAUUAGGCCUUCAAUCUUAUAAUUGCAACUUAAAAGAAAAAGGCAACUUUUGGAGAUUUGUUUAUAUAUCUAAUAUGGUAAAAGCAUAUGAUCAUGAUUGGGAUCAAGUUGUAAGUCGUAAAAGGGGCUAGAUCAGAUCAGAUUGGAUCCUGAAUCGGAUAGUUGAUUGCAAGACCUUUUUCUGAUUUUUUUUGGAAGUCUCUAAGUAUAAAAGGAAUGUGAAAAAUGAAAUACAAGUCAACUAUAAAGUGGAUAAAUGGAGAAUAAAAAGCAUGCGCACAAUAAGUCUAGUUUUCUCCAAUUUACGCCCAUACGUAGUAUUUCUAAUGAAACAAAUGUUCUGAUUGGUUAUUCAAUGAUGUUUAUAUAUAUCUGUCAAUUUAAUUAUCCUUUUAUGUAGAAUGCUUUGGAAUAAACAAGGAUAAGACUUCAACAUAUGGCUGUUAAAAUACGAAAUCUUGCAUCUUAUUUUUAGCUCUAUAAACUCCAAUAACAGACUUGCUAGUUUUACUAUUCAAUAUUUUUUAGUGAUAAAAAUUUUACUAUUUGAGAAUUAUUAGUGAUAAGUAAUUUAAGGACCAUACAGUCAAAGAAAUUAUAGCAAAUGACAUAUACAUGAUUGUGUGUAUAUAUAUAUAUAUAUAUAUAUAUAUAUAUAUAUAUAUAUGUAUAUUUAUAUAUAUAACAUAAUAAAAUUAGAUCAUAUAAUCCAAGAAAAUGUGAUCCUAAACUUCUCAUGAUCCAAGGAGGGGAUCUAGAUUGCUUAAGUUGAUCCAGAUCGUAAGAUUCAGACUAUGAAUUGUGAUAAUUUAACAAUAAUGAUCAUGAAAAUUGGAAUUUUCUUCUAUAUGCAGUGAAAAGAAUAAGUUAUAAUAGAAAGUCGGAUUUGGUGGUUCUAUAUUUUUUAGUCAAUCUUCUUUUAAAUAUAUUCAAUGAGCCUCAAUGUUUGUUUAAGGGGGUUACACCUAGGAAUCCCUAUUUUCCUAUCCUUUUAUGAUUUUAAAGUUCUCAGCAAAACAAAGUUCAUGAUUACAAAAGCUAACAUUGUUACAACAUCAUAUUCAGGAUUUUGGAUAAAGCCAUCAUCCGCUUUGAUAUACUCACAGCAUUUCAUUACUUCGAGGGUUUCUUAUUUAUAGUUCGUAGGAUGGGCUUGAUUUUGCAACCUUUUCAAUUAGUCUAUUAAUGAACCCGAAUGGUGUUGAACCAUCCAUUGUUCAGGUGAACUCUGACAAAGUGGAAACACCAUAUUCUAUUGCUUUUUUUUCCUUUUUUGGCGGUAAAAGUGGUUGAUAAUGUGAUAUCUUGAGGUGACAGUGAAUGUAUUGAAAAUCUGAAGAAAUGUCGGUUGGCAAAUUAGCUUUUCUACCUCUAACAGAAUCUCAUAUAUCAUUUUUAGUCAGUAUUUUCGGUCAGCCUGUAUAGGCUCUAAGGAAGCUGGUGUACUUAAGAGCAUCUUUUGACACUUGAGGAGAACUCUAGAUGUAGGAAUGCUUUAUUAAAGAUAUGUACAUCUUCAAAUUGAGGAAUUUUCUUAUGCGAAGUUGCAAACUGUAUCGGGUCUAAAGUUGAUCUGUGAUAAGGCAUUUGAUAUUCUGCAUGUAUAGGAGGUAAUCUGGGUACUUGAGAUUGCAUGAAACUGUUGGAGUGAGGUCAGUACAGAUACAUACAUACAUACAUACAUAAUAUGUAUAUAGAGACCCCAUCUGAUAUGGCUGAAAUGCUUUGAUGAAGAUGAAGAUCAUGGUUGAAGGAAUACUGUACUUUCACUGUAAUGACUACAUUUUCAGACAAUUCUAUGUUUAGUGAGAUACAAGGAAGCUUAUCUGAUUAGAUUGCUGCUUAGGGAGAUGACUGAAAGAAAAUAGCUGGAAGAAAUCAGCUCACUGACUUGCUGUUCCAGGUCUGCAAGCUUCCAUAUUCAUGGUCUAGUUUUAAAGGGAGCUCUGAAGGAUGGAUCAUGCUUACAUCAAGUUAUGUAACUUGGUCUCAGAAACUAGAUCUUGGACCUAUUUAAGAGGUGUAAUUAAGUAUAAUUAACUAGUUGAUGAAGGAAUUUGUCUA